GCGGCUGCGAGGAGGCCCGUCAUCUCCAGGUGGCGGUGAUGGUGAUGCAGAGCGGUAGGGGCUGGGGUGCUGUGGGGGUGAUGUAGGGGCGGGGGCGUGUAGGGGGAGGUGCAGGUGAGGUCGGACUAGGAGAGGUGGGGAUGACGGGGGGAGAGACGGGGUUGUGGGAGUUGGGGCGAUGUGGGGGGGGGUUGGGGGUGGAGAGGGAAGGGCCCCGCGCAGGCCCCGCCCCACAGUGGGCGGAGCUCGCCGAGGACCUAUAUCAGCGUCGGGCUCUGUGCGCAGGCGCGCGUCGGUUCUCGGCGGGGCUCCCUGGUGGUCGCGGGCCUGUCUGGCCGCGGCCGCGCGUGGGGCGGGCGGUAGGCCCUGGAGGUCGGCGUCCUGUUCAGCGCGGGCCUCCCGAGGCUGCGAAGAGGGGCGCGGGGCGGAGGCAGAGGCAGAGGCAGCGCCGCCUGGGCCGCGUCCACACUGAAUGGAGGGAGACUGGGGGUCCCGAGCGAACGCGCGGGAAGGGCCGCGUUUGUGGGAGAGGCCGCGCUGGCUGCGGGGUCUCCAUCCUCGUAAUCGCCGAGGCGGCCCGAACGCGGCCCAGAGGACUGAGCGACAGACCCCAUCGGGCCUCGCAGCCCGGGGAGGCUCUACUGGAACAGAGCAUCUCUACUGAGCCGGAAGGAGGGGGACUCCAGGAACGGGAAUCUCACAGGGAAGAACCCCCGCUCCCUCUAGCCUCUGACCCAAGACGCAUCGGAGCUUCAGAAGAGAAGCGGAAGAAACCCAGAAAAGGAGCGUAUCGCCCGGAGGGCGGAGGCUUGAGUGAUUUCACCACCAUCAGCUAAGGGAAAAAGCCUGAAAGGGGAAAUGACUUGUGAAGAAUCAGUAAGAGGCACAUAGAAGUCCUGGCAUGUGCUGUCCACACGAUCUCACGGAAACACAUUUCCUCUUAAAAAAAUCCUUUUGAGGAUGUCCCUGGUGGUCCAGUGGGAAUGCCUUCCCAGGUUUUGACAGUCUUCCAAGAACAACAGAAAAUGAACAAAUCCCAGGUGCUCAUCACGUGUUUGUGGCUGAAUAAGCAAAUGGUAGGCUUGGGAAGCAAACUCUGCUCUGACUGGAUAAUCACCCUACCUGAAUACAGAGCAGGGCCAUCCAGGAGAAUUGGGGUCUCCUUUCCCUUCUCUGAAUGCUAUCUUGGAUCAUGCAAGAAGUGUGCUGGCCAGGGAUCCGUGUCAUUCAAGGACGUGCCUGUGGACUUCACCUGGGAUGAGAGGCUACAGCUGACCUGCAUGCGGAGGACCCUGUACCGGGAUGUGAUGCUGGUCUCCGUGGGGUACUGCGUCAGCAAACCAGAGGUGAUCUUCAAGCUAGAGCAAGGAGAAGAGCCAUGGCCAUUAGAGAGAGCAUUUCCAUGCCGGAGUGAUCCAGGAGGUGGAUCCAAAAAGAUACUGCUGCGAUUUAUGUCGAAGACUUACAUGGAGCCUGCAGGCCAGUCCAGGUGA